AUGCCGUGUGGAGCCGGUGGCCGCGCGGUGCUGGCGCUGAUGACUCUGUCCCUCGGCCUCGCAGCCGACGAGCUGCUGUGCGCCUGCGACGUGCCCUUCUGCAGCCAGCCCACCUGCACGGGCAAGGUGUGCUUCGUCAGCAAGAGGAGGGAGGAGGGGACCAUCACCCAGCACCGGGGCUGCUUCUCCCAGAACAUCCUGGAGCACUGCAACACGCCCGUGACGGAGCAGUACGGCAUGAGGUGCUGCGAGUCCCGCAUGUGCAACGCCGAGCUGGAGAUCUUCCUGCAAGGAGAAGAUGCCCUGGGAAAAGUGCCUUCCCUGCCCAACCUCCUCCUGAUGAUCUUCGUCCCGCUGCUCGCCCUCCUCGUCCUCGUGGCGCUCACGGGGCUCUUCUGCUGGAAGGUGGCCCAGCACCGCCAGAAGCAGAGCGACCUCAGCGACACUGACCUCAUGCUGAAGGCCUCCAUGGUGGGAGACAGCACCUUAGAGGACCUGCUGAACGACGACUGCACCACGGGCAGCGGGUCGGGGCUGCCCUUCCUCGUGCAGAGAACGGUGGCUCGGCAGAUCACCCUCGUGGAGUGCGUGGGUAAGGAGCAGGGGGGGCUGCCCUGGUGCCCCAGCCGGUGCCUGGGCGAUGCCACCACAACUUCAGGCCCAAGAGGGGGGUUGGACCCCACCAAAACCCCCUCUUCUCCCUGCCCAGGUUUCAUCGCCUCUGACAUGACGUCGAGGAACUCCAGCACCCAGCUGUGGCUCAUCACCCACUACCACGAGAACGGCUCCCUCUACGACUUCCUGCAGAGGACGGUCCUGGACGUGGAGACCUGCCUGGGCCUGGCCUCCUCCAUCAUCUGCGGCCUCGUCCACCUCCACGUGGAGAUCUUCGGCACCCAGGGCAAGCCUGCCAUCGCCCACCGGGACCUGAAGAGCAGGAACAUCCUGGUGAAGAGCAACCGGCAGUGCUGCAUCGCUGACCUGGGACUGGCUGUCAUGCACUCCCAGGGCAGCGACUACCUGGACAUCGGCAACAACCCCCGGGUGGGCACCAAGCGCUACAUGGCCCCCGAGGUGCUGAGCGAGCAGAUCCGCACCGACUGCUUCGAGUCCUACAAGAAGACGGACAUCUGGGCCUACGGGCUGGUGCUCUGGGAGAUCACCCGGCGCACGGCGGUGAACGGUGGGUGGAUCCCAGCCCCGGCGGCUCCGCUCGCUCCCGGCUCCCCGCGAGGAUGGCCUCAGGGUAUCAGGGAUGGGGGGGCUCCAGGGGACCCCGAGGUUUGGGGGCUACGCCUUGGGGUGCAGGGAGCUGGCGAGGGCUCGGGGCAUCCCACAGAGGUUAAACCCUGGCGGGACACGGACAUAUGGAGGCACUAA